AUGUCUUACGAUCGAGUGCUCCCUGUGCCUGCUGCUCUACAUCAUGAGCCUGCCCAGGUUGUGCUUCCUCCUAGACAAACCAGUAACCUCCUCGAGCACAAAAUCAUGAACGACGAUUACUCUCACAAGGCCACUAUGAUGGACUGUUCUCAUCAUUCCCUUCCUCUUCCUCAUCGUCAUUAUUCCUCUCCUCCUUCCCACGAUGGAUACGCCAAUUCCUUGCCCCAGGUUCAUCUCUCCUCCAUCAACCGCGCCAAAGUGGCCUACAACCGCAUGGCUUCCGGUGGUACUUUAGAGUCCCACAAGCCUAUCGCCCCGUUACCAUCGGCCAAGGAAAUUCCUAUUCGUGAACACUCCUCUUUCUCAGAUCGGUCUGGUUCCUCCAGCCCGGGCAAGUCGUCGAGUUCCAGAGAGCUGCAGCCGCAGCAGCAACAACAAUCUGCGGCCCAGUUUUGUCUCUGUCAACCCGACCCCAAGAUCCCCAGACCCCGUAAUGCUUUCAUUCUCUAUCGCCAACACUAUCAAGCUGCGGUUGUAGCUCAGAACCCCGGUCUGGCUAACCCGGAUAUCUCCAAGAUCAUUGGUGAACAAUGGAGGAAGCUUCCGCAGGAGACCAAGGAUGAAUGGAAGGCUCUCGCAGAGGAAGAAAAAGCUCGCCACCAGCAACAAUAUCCUGAAUACCGGUAUCAGCCCCGUCGAUAUGGCCGUGAUGGGAAUCUUCGCAGUAACGUCACACAAACGCCUUCUGGCUCGACAGUUUGCAAUAAGUGUGGUGGUCGAAUCAUGAACCCACCAGUCUCGCCAGACGCUCCCUUCACACCAAAUGGAUCUUCUGCCUCCAGUAACGGGAUCUCACACACCGACACCUUGCCUGUCCGUAGCUAUCAGUGCCGUAUCAAAGACACUGAUCGGUCCCCAAAUCCUAUCCGAUUUGGAAGCAACGGCGGGCCUCGGCCAUCCCGUUCGCGACAAUGGGAAGAAAGUGGAUCUCGAUCGCCAGAUUCGAAGCGUCGCCGGUUCAAUCCCUAUCCCUUCAAGGCAAGCCUUCCCCGUGAAAAGACUCCGGACUCACGAGGCGCCAACAGCAACAGCAUGCUUCACAUGUUACAUCCUCCACGGCCGCAUCCCAAUAUGAAAACCAAUCAGCCUCCACAUGAUCCUAGUUUGAAGCUACCGCCAUUGCAAACAACUGCUUCGGCACCCGGGAUCAUGACCCCAAUAACGCCCUUUUCUCAGAACGGAUCAAGCUUGGAAAGCACUGUCAUGACCAUCCCGUUCCUGAACAAGAUCAAAGUUCUCGCCAAAAUCUCGCCUCCGCUGGCUCCCAUUCUCAGGGAUGCUUCUCAACAGCAACAACGGGGUCCGGUUAUUGCUGUCGAUGGACAGGAUCCGGCAUUGGUGAAGGCCACGGUCGAGUAUCUGGGAAGUGCUUUGCAGAAGGAAGGGAGAUACAGUGUCCGAACAUUCGACGGGCCAGAGGUCCGCCCCCGCGAUGCGUCUUCAGAAUCAGGGCAAAUGAAGGAUGCCACGGUGGAUUACCUCGACACCAUUUCCGCGUGGCACCGAAUCUCAGACGAGAUUAUCAACUUCGUCCGGCCGUCCGCUGGGUCUCCCAUGAUAAAUCCAGCGGACGAAGAGGUUCAAUAUGGUAUCUCACCAAAGACCAUACUCUCCGAAGCAGCGAACUUGCAAAUUGGGUCACCCAAGGGCAGUGAGAAUGGAUCCGCUGCGACACCAUCGUCAUCGAUGACAAGCUCUAGCGGAAGUCCCAUUGCUCUGGUGCCUCGAUACCAACUCACCACCGCCGACACAUUUGCCUGUUCGGUUCCCAUCCACGACUCGUAUGCGCCGCUUGACCAUUGGCAAUGGAUGGCUUCCCUCUGGCGUGCAUGUGUGGGCCCGGACAUUACGGUCUACAUCCGGGAAUGUGAGAAGGAUGAACUCGACCAGCUUGGAGGAAAUCCCGUCGAGGUGCGUCUUCACGAUGCGCGGACUGUUGUCGUGCGGAAAGCGACAGGCACUCCUAAAGGUCUUGAGGAGAAAGUUCUCAGACGGGUAGGGUUCGAGAUUGAAGAUUUCUUAACUCAGUAA